AUGUCCAUCCUGAGCUCCUUUGGUUUCACGGAGGAGCAGGUAGCCUGCGUGUGCGAGGUCCUGCAACAGGGACGCAGCGUGGAGAGGCUGGGCCGCUUCCUGUGGUCCCUGCCCGCCUGCGAGCAGCUCCACAAGAAUGAGAGCGUCCUCAAGGCCAAGGCAGCCGUGGCUUUUCACCGGGGUAACUUCCGUGAGCUGUACAAGAUCCUGGAGAGCUGCCAGUUCUCGGUGCAAAGCCACCCCAAGCUGCAGCAGUUCUGGCUGAAGGCUCACUACACCGAGGCUGAGAAGGUGAGGGGGAGGCCCCUGGGAGCUGUGGGGAAAUACCGGGUGCGAAGGAAAUUCCCACUGCCCCGUACCAUCUGGGAUGGUGAGGAGACUAGUUACUGCUUCAAGGAGAAAUCUCGGGGUAUCCUGCGGGAAUGGUAUUUGCACAAUCCAUACCCCUCUCCCCGGGAGAAGAGAGAAUUGGCUGAAGCCACUGGACUGACCACCACACAGGUCAGCAACUGGUUCAAGAACCGAAGACAGAGAGACAGAGCAGCUGAGACCAAAGACAGGGAGAACGCUGAGAAUUCAAAUCCCCAUUGCAAACAGCCAUUGGAGCAGCUGUCAGGGCCAAAACUCAUCCUCAGUAGCUCCGAUGAAGAGGAGCUCUCUCCAGACCAGAGUCCUGUCCCCCGAGCUGGAACCCCAGGAAUUCUGUACCCUGGAAGCCUGCACCCCCAGUCGAUAAACACCGUUCUCCCUCUGAGCAGUGCUGCCCUUCAGCACCCAGACCUCAUGCAUUCUCGCAUGCUGGAUGAGAGCAUCCUUGGGACUCUCACUACCAGCCUUGUGGAUCUGGGGUCGUGA